AUGACUCUGGGACUGAGAAGGAACACUGCAGGCAACAGAUCGUCUGUCGAGGGCGACCGUCCAGACACUACCGCCGACGAUGAGACAGUCGUUGACCAGGACCAGGGCAAUGUCCUGUCGCACAUUAUCAGCCAGCUGCGACCAGGCGCCGACCUGAGUAGAGUGACGCUGCCUACCUUCAUCCUCGAGCCACGAUCUAUGCUCGAACGCAUCACCAAUUUCAUGGCACACCCUGAGAUCCUGCUUACUCUGCCCGGCAUCGACGACCCCGUCGAGCGCUUUGUCGCCGUCACCAAGUUCUACCUCAGUGGGUGGCACAUCAAGCCUCCCGGCGUCAAGAAGCCUCUCAACCCCGUCCUCGGCGAGACCUUUACUGGAUACUGGGACUACCCCGACAACACGCGUGGAUACUACAUCUCCGAGCAGACAUCGCACCACCCUCCCAAGUCGAGCUACUUCUUCAUGGCCCCCGAGCACCACAUCCGUGUCGACGGUACUCUCAAACCACGCAGUAGAUUCCUGGGCAACUCGGUCGGCAGUUUCAUGGAGGGCAUUGCAGUCAUGCGCCUCUUGAACCGCAACGAGCGAUACUUCAUCACACAGCCCAACAUGUACGCCAGGGGUAUCUUGUUCGGCAAGAUGAAGUACGAGCUUGGCGACCACGCCUACGUCCGCUGCCCGGAGCUGGGUCUGGAAGCUGAGAUUGACUUCAAGGUCAAGGGCUGGAUGACUGGAACAUACAACGCCAUCGGAGGCCACAUCAAGGACACCAAGAGUGGAAAGAAUCUGUUCGAGUUCAGCGGUUAUUGGGACAAGGAGAUGUACAUUAAGAAUCUGACGACCGGUAAGAAGGAACUCAUUUUCGAUGCCUCCCACGCCAGACCUUCGUACCCCAAAGCCCGUCCUCUCGAGGAGCAAGGAGAUCGCGAGUCGCAGAAACUUUGGGACAAGGUCACCAAGGCCAUCAAGGUUGCCGACCAAAAGACUGCCACAGACGAAAAGUCCUUCAUCGAAGACCGCCAGCGUGCAGAAGCUGCAGAGCGGGGAGAACAUGGAGAAUGGCACCCCAAGCUCUUCCGUAAGACAAGAGCUGGCGCAAGUCAGAGUCCAGGAGACAUGGAUGGAGAGGAGAACCUCGACUGGGUCAUUGAUGCUACCAUCGAUGGCAAGACCCCUGAUGAGAUUGUCAAGCAAGUUCUCGCCAUCGCACCCGUCCUGCCAGGCCAGAAAGCUCAGGCUCCAGCACAGCCUAAGGUUCAAGCACAAUCUCAAGUCCAGGCACAACCCAGACAGGAAGCUCCUUCUGCCGCUCCUGUCCCUGCCGCUGCACCGCAACCACAGCAGUUCCAGCAGCCUCAGCAGCCUCAAAUCCAGCAAGCACAACCCUCCUACCAGCCCCAACAAUUCCAACAAUACAACCCUUCUUCGUCAUCAGGCUCCAGCAACCUGGUCGAUUUUGGCCAUGCAGGUGGUGCUGCACCUCAGCAACCUAGCCAACAACACACUUCACCUUUGAACACCAUUGGCGAUCUCAAGGAGCCGUUGCAACCCGUCAUUCACCGUCAAGAUAGCGUCGAGGGUAUUGAUGAGGAGUUCCACGAUGCCGACUCAUAG